AUGCCAGUGGGUCGGAAACGUUGGAACCUACAUGAUGGACCACAAGGAUCUUUGAGAAGACUAAGGAACCAACUAGCUGAAGAUGGUUGUGCUGAGUCACAAGUUGUCCUUGCUAAACAACUUUUGGAAGAAAAAUGUGAGUUAGAAGCAGACAAAAUAUCUAACUUCAAACAAGCUCUGGAAUGGCUGAUCUGUGCCACUGAGCAAGCGCACCCUGAAGCAAGGAGAAUGCUGAGGCGGUGUAUUCGGAGUGGUGUGAUAGACGAGGACAGCGCAGCUAUCGUUCGUGCGAAGUCUUGCCUGGCAGCCAGUCGCCAGGAGACGGUCGCGAGGAAAGCUGCCAGAGACCUCUUCGCUAGCCUGUCCAACGGCGAGCAAUACAUAACUACGGCUCAAUUGGAGCGCCGUAUACGCGAGAUAUGUAACACUACGCUCAGGAAGGAACCAGAAGAUAGUGAUUCGCCCGAUGAUGACACACCAGAAGAAGCGCGGGCUUUAGAUGACGGGCAAGCCUUGCAGCCGUCGAACUUGCAAGCAGGCGACCAAAUACACAGCAAUGGAACUAUGCGAACCGCUGACCCGCCCGAACAAGAGUACCCAGAAAGAUGUGUGCCCAGUGAAGAGAUACGGAACCUAACAGUCGAUAACUUAGUAUCGGCCGCCGUCGACUACUGCCAAGGAGAACUACCCUUAGUCACCUAUGAACUGACUCUAACAGACCCUAGUAUUAAGGCUUUAGACCACAUACCGUUGCUACACCAGGCGUUCUUACACCCCAUCGUCUUUUUACAAGUCUUGUAUCUCAAGUUACUCUAUUAUUUCGGAAGUUUUAACUUUAGGCUGUCAAAUGUAGAACUUUCUUUGCUCCUCAUUGCAUAUCUAUCCGUCAGCUCGGAUAGUCUCUAUCACUUAGUUCCAUUAGCGAUGUACUACGCGAGUUUUGUCGCAAUGGUCAUCUGUACAUUCAAAAUGUUACACGCUAAAAGGCAAUUCAUCGACUUUAGAAAGUGGUCGGGACUGUUCCUCAGGUAUAGCGAUGGUAAUCUGCAACCAGAUGAGUCGGAAAAUCUGUUCGUUCGAAACAAUCUUGGUCCCUUUGUUCAGUUCUUUUCUGCACUAUUCAUUAAUCUAUUUUUAUAUCCCUUUAUAGCGACUCAAUGGGUACCCUUUUCCGAAUUCUGUGUCUUGUCAUUUUUCCUAAUGUUCCUUACGUUGAUAUCGUUUGGAACUUCUAUCCAAGGUGGCAGUCCGUAUCCAGAUCUACUCGCCUUCCUAUCAUUCGGUAUCAAUGUAUUAGCAAAGUAUCCGUAUGAAAAAGACACCGUCGUUCACCAAGGCUGGAGGUUUCUCGACUUGCAGGUAUCGAAUUACCCGUCUUAUAUAUUGGGUAAUAGCGUCGAGUUUUGCUUGAACUCUAGGGUGUUUUUUUCUUUGUUGAUCCCUGUUAUUUUGGUGGGUAUGGCUAGAAGGAGCGGUUGGCAGGGUUUCUUUAAGUAUGCGUUGCCUCAUUGUGUGACGUUGAGUUGGUUGCAGAUGUUUAUAACUUGUUCUCAUGGGUGUACUACGUAUGGGUUGAUACGUGGCACGCUCGCAUUGGUCUGUUCGUUUCUGUUCUUGCCUCUAAUGGGUGUAGUGACGGUGACGCUACCAAUAUUUGCGUUCCUUCAAUACAUUACGAUGUCUCGCGUCCUGUACACGGUGUCUGUUGCUGUCGGUUUGGGGCUAAGUCUUGGGGUUACUUGCCUUCUAGCUAAAUCUGAAACUACUAAGAAGUUUGUCACUCCUUUCCAGCUCAUAAUUGGCGUCAUAACUCUAGUCUACUUAGGUAACCAAUUCGUAAUGAACAUACAAGAUGAUGGUUUACCGUCCAGCCUCAUAGAAUUAAUAGGCGACGAGAAAUCGAGCAUCAAGAACUUACUCAAAAACGAAUUUAUCACUGACUAUGAGGAUAACACGUACCAUAUCAACUGGGACGACUAUUACAACCAAUGUAACAUCCCAUCUUGGUCGGAUUAUAAUACGGCAGCCACGCAAAUCAAAUGCUCUAUACUAGAUGGCGCCAACGUAAAUUGGGAGGGUUAUGUCAAAGACGUCCAACUAAAGAAUGUUAGAAACCGAUGGCGAGAUGUCGUCGCCUGGUUGCCUGGCUUCCUGCAAGAAUACUUUAGGUGCUACUACGGAGAGGAAUAUUCGACUUUAUGUCAAGGGGAGGAGAGUUUGCAAUCGGCUAAUGAAUGCGAGUUUGUUAGGAGCGUCGCGCGCCAAAGCGGGAAGAGCUGCCAUUUAAAUAAUUUAAAUGAAUACACAUAUGAAAUAAAACUAGUAAUGGAGGCGAGCGGUGGUAUCCUGAAGCGUCAUACAGAAAUAUCCAUAGUCUUCGAUCAUUGCUUCAGUAAUUUCACAAGAAUGCUACGCGCUGACGACAAGAUCAGAUUCAAAGGAGUGCUGUCAAACGAUAAUACACCUUAUAACAUUGGCACUACGGACAUAAAUAUAAAAGGAUAUGAAAUAAAUUGUCUAGAAUGUAAAGAAGCCCGGGGCACAGUUCGCGCGAAGGCACCUUCUGUAUCAAAAUUCUCAGAGCUGUUUAAAACUAUAGCUAACGAUUGUGUUGUGUCUACAAAGUAUAUUUUAAACUUUUUGUUAAAUCCAGUCGUUGUUUUUAAAUAA